UAAAGUUUAAAACUAUUUCUUUUGGCGCAAUGUUUGUGUUUAGUGGAUAAGAGAUGCAGUCAAAAUUUAGUGACUUUACUGCGUCCCUCCUCCUCGUCACUGCUUUGAUCUGUUCUAUGGAGGCAAAAGAAAAAGCAGCGACAAGCAGCAACCAUUUUGGGGAUAGACUGGCAGAGGAAAUUAUAGCUGUGGAAAUCUUGUGCUCCCUUGAUUGCAGUCAGACUCUUGGAUUGUUUUUAGACUGUCCCAAGUCGGCUUGGCAACUGCGCUAGAUUAAGGUGAUCAUGGAGGGUAAUCCGUUUCGAGUACGCGGAUUCCGAGCUAACCAAGGCGGAGCCCCUGCCAGGGGGCGUCAGCAAGAGGACGGUCAGGCAAGACACCAAGGAUAUCAAAGGAGGGUUGAUAAUCAGCAUGGCCAAGAACGUGGUCGUGGUGGGUACGGCCGUGGGCGUGGCCAAGAACGAGGACGAGGGGGUGGUUAUUUCAGAAAUGCUGGUCAGCAUCACCAAGAGGGCGGAGCCAAGCAGAGGGAACGCCCUGUUAGACAGCCGGGUUACAAGAUGCUAGAGUCACUGCUGGAUGAAGAAAAAUGCGCCGCCGAGGUUGUCCAAGAGUUAACCUCUUUCGGUAAAGGUUUGGAAAGCUUGCUGAGCGAGCGUGACAUCCGGCGUGACAUGAUGGCCCUCCUGGUUCGUGUUUUGGGCAGAGUCUGUGACUGCGAAGACUCACCGCAGUCUGUGGUCAGAGUUUUGAAUGUUGUUGUCGACACGGACUUUUUGAGUAAGAAUCUGAGCCAACACAUUAACAGUAUGGUGACAGAGUUUGACGAACGGUAUCUGAGAAGGGUCCCUAAUCAGAUUGCUUCGAUCUUGAAGCUGAUGCAGACACUCAUCCAAAGAAUUCAAAACACCAUGAAGGAUGUCCACGUUGUCCUCACCCUAAUGGAUGUUGUCACUAGAACGUUAGAGACAAAAGGAUACCCACUCGAGAGUGAAUCCAAAGUUUUGUUGAGUCAGCUUCUUCUCUGUUGUGAGGAGAGAGAAAAGGCGAAGAAGCACAAAAGCCAGCGGCAGAGGACAGACCAGGAAGCUCCUCCACCAAAUGACUUCAGAGAAAUUCCUAUUUUCCCAGAUGUAGCUGAAAUCACUACAAACGCUGAGGCCUACCUCCGAGCCAACGUAGUACACGGAAAGUAUCGAGACCUCAACCAUUAUUUGGACGUUCAGUUUCGCCUCCUGAGACAAGACUUUCUGGAACCUCUGCAACAGGGCAUCGCAGAGUAUCACGUGUCCCUUGCCCAAACCAACAUGAAUCGCAAGUUGAAAGACAUUCGUAUUUAUCACGAUGUUGGGGUACAUUUUCCCAUCUGCACCAAUGACGGCAUCACGCAUCGUGUGAGCUUUGACGUCUCCAAGUUUAGGAAGGUCAGAUGGCAAGCAACCAAGAGGCUCACUUUCGGUUCUUUGGUUUGCUUGUCCAAGGACAACUUUCAGUCUGUCAUAUUUGCAACUGUAGCCAACCGAAAGCCCGAGGAACUUGAGCAAGGCUUAGUCGAUUUGCGGUUCCAAGACAUGACCCGUGUAUCAGAAAUAAACUCCACGGAUUCGUUCAUCAUGGCGGAAUCGUCUGCCUACUUCGAAGCCUACCGCCAUGUUUUGCAAGGCCUGCAAGAAGUCCGAGGCAACAGCCUUCCUCUGCAGCGUUACAUCAUUGAAGUCUCCUGUGAUGUGAAGCCUCCUCAAUAUCUUCGCCAUGAUAGGUUUUCCACCUAUGAUCUGUCGCCACUCACACACACAGCAGAAGAAGUUGACAAGGAUGAUGAGAGCAAACUUCUUAGUACACUGAGAAGAGUUAGCACUAAGGCCAGUGCUGUGCAAGUCUUAACUCCAUCUACUUGGCCACAAGCAGAAACCUUGCACUUGGAUGAUUCUCAGCUUCAAGCUGUCAAGGCUGCCCUGACGCAAGAAUUAGCCGUCAUCCAAGGACCGCCUGGGACUGGUAAAACCUACAUAGGUCUCAAAAUCGUUCAGGCUCUCCUAUACAACAGUGAUGUGUGGAAUGAAGAUGAAGAAUCUAAUCCCAUCCUUGUGGUCUGUUACACCAACCAUGCCCUUGAUCAGUUCCUUGAGGGGAUCAUGAAGUUCAAUCAAAAUAUCGUCCGUGUUGGAGGUAGGAGUAACAGUGAGGAUAUGAAGAACAAAAACCUCAACUUCUUGAAGAGAGAACAGAGACGUAGAAGGGAUGUUCAGCGCACAGUUCAUAUCCGAACAAGCAACAUCUUGAGAGAAAUGUACUCUCUUCGUCAGUGCAUGGAGGUUUCUCAGCGAAAAGUAGAAAGAAGCAUGAACGGCAUCAUCAAUGAGGACUAUCUGCAGCCGUUCAUGUCAAAAGAGCAUUAUGCAACUCUCACAGUUGAGUUUGUGGAAACAGGUUUCCACAGGCCUACACCUUGCAUACUGGAGUGGUUGGGUCUUUCAGGACACUUCCGGGUGGCAACAGCACAAGAGGUUGGCAUGGCAGCGUUUAUGGGGGAAGAAAACGAACCUGAGGAGCCAGAGGAAGAGGAGCAAGAGGAAGAAGAGAUUGAAGUUGCCGAAGAAGCAGAUGCCAUAGCUGAUCAGCGCGUCCUUGAUGAUGACGAUGAAGACAUGUUCCUCUUUGAAGAGGACCCCCAGGAAAACCACCUUGUCCUUGAUAUCGAACAAUUGGCCGCGGCUCAGCCUCUAGAAGAGGGAUGGCAGAUGCAACCUCAUCAAAAGAAGCGUAUGAGAAAAAUGCUCCUGCACAACCUGAGGAAAUCAGACAGAAUGACAGAAAGGGAUGCCCAAAGAAUAAAAAAUGUCUGGGCAAUGAGAGACAUUAACAGCCGUUGGCAGCUUUAUCGUUACUGGGUCAGUGAGUAUUGCAAGAAUGAACGGAAAGUUUGUGGUCAUCAGUGCACUGCGUUGUGUACAAGGGAAUGUCCUCCCUGCGCUCAGAAGUGUCAGAAUCAAUGCGUGCACAGUAAGUGUCCCAACCGAUGUGGAGAUCCGUGUACACCCUGUCAGGAGCCAUGCCCGUGGCGUUGUCCUCAUUACAGGUGCAGAAAGAAAUGUAGUGAGGCAUGUGAUCGACCGCCGUGUAACAGACCUUGUCCUGCUAGGCUCAGGUGUGGUCAUCCAUGUAUCGGUCUGUGCGGAGAACCAUGUCCUGACAAAUGUCGUGUGUGUCACAGAGAUGAGGUGACAGAGAUAUUUUUUGGCUCGGAAGACGAGCCAGAUGCUCGGUUUGUUCAGCUUGAGGAUUGUAGUCACGUGUUUGACGUUGACGGUCUUGACCAGUGGAUGCAAGUUACAAACGAAGGUCAGAAGUCCAUUCAGUUGAAGGUGUGUCCAAGAUGUAAGACACCCAUCCGACGGAAUCUCCGCUAUGGCAAGAUCAUCAAUGAAACACUGGCAGAUAUUGAAAAGGUCAAGGAACGUAUUUUUGGAAACAAACAGGAAAUUGAACAGAAGAAGAUCAAAAUCCGGGUCAUGCUUUAUUCAGUCAAGGCGGAGGUUGACACGCUCAAAGAUCGUGUCAAGCAUUCGAAGCUGGGUCUGGCAGAAUUGAUUGCUAUUGAAAAUCAGCUUUUACUCCUUGAGGGGAUAAGCAAACUGAAGAGAAAGGCCGAGGAGGCUCGUAAUGCUCCUAAAUCUAUCACAGAGUUGAGGAUGCAGAAAAGGAACCUGGUAGAGCUGGAGCAGUGGUUGCUUAAGCCUCGCAUUUACGUUAGCCAGCAGGAACUGGACGACUGCAGCCGUGAAGUACAGCGCCUGUCCAUGUGCUUUAGUUUCUUUCUUAUCAAGGAAAGACUCCAGUCCUCUGCUAGUACAUGUAGCACAGCAAGCUUAACGGUUGUUGAAAAAUUGCUCCUCAGUGGACAACCCCUUGAUGACAGCAGUGUAAACACUGCCAAGACGCUUCUGGAGAAACUCAGAAAACAGUGCACUGGGCUUGGCAUCUCAGAAAGUGAGCGAAUAAUGAUUGUGAAAGCUAUGGGGAUGUCACAGGGUCACUGGUACAAGUGUCCAAAUGGUCAUUGUUACGCCAUCGGAGACUGUGGUGGGGCCAAUCAGGAGAGCAGGUGUCCAGAAUGCAAGGCGAAGAUCGGAGGAAUGAGUCAUCGUCUGGCUGAGGGUAAUGCCGUUGCCACAGAAAUGGACGGGGCUAGGUACGGAGCAUUUUCUGAUCAGGCUAAUAUGGACAACUACGACCCAGUUCAACUUCAAAAUCUCUUUGGCAGAUGAAGGUGGCAACUUGAUGCUCUACAGAAAGAUUGGUAAAAAUUGAGACGCCCAAGAGACAAAUGUAUUUAGUUAUUGAAAAGUUGAAACAGUUAUUUUCUGUAUGACAUUUCAGUAUCAGUUUACUUCAGUAUUGAAGUUUCAUGGCAUGCAUGUCGAAAUCUGUAGCCUGUUGAAGGGUCACUUAAAACUGAUGGUUUUUGAGUGGCUUUGGCUGACGUUUAAUUGAAGAUUUACCAAUGUUACAAGCAUUAUAGGCUCUCUAUCAGCCUUUUUAUUAUCAGAUGUCUAAUUAACAUCCAAAGAAUUAAAACAUUGUUAUCCUACCGUUAAUAUAUUCUCUAAUCGUGAAAUAAGUUAUUGUCUUCCAAUCAAUUAAAGUGACAUUUUGUCACCGGGGAAAGAAUUUGGGUGUUAUUUGAGCUAUGUGUGAUACCUACGUUGAUGUAGCUUUGACGUUAGGGUGGUAAAAGAUGAUUUAAUGAGGGAAUUUUAUUAUCAUAAAACUUAGAAACGGCAUUUAAGAAAACUCUCUUACAAUUAGCCCUUAGCAGCUAGGGCAUAUUUAAAAAAUGUGAAUCUGAAUCAUCGUUUGCAAAAUCCACAAAUUUUUGCUACCGAAACUGGCAAAGGCACUGCCAUAGCUUAGCAUCAAAACAGCUUCAAAAUUGAAGCUACACUUCAAUGAGGAAAUUUACAGAAUGUUAGCAUUUUUGUUUUGCUUGGGAGCAUUUCGACAUAAAACAUAGGAAGGACGAUUUUUUUUAGCGUUUCGAUCAAAAAAGAGCCAUUAUGUCGCCUGUAGUGCUUUAGCAAAAACACUGUUUUGUAAAAUUGAUGGAUGAAGAACCACUUUUAUUUUGUUCUCUCGAUUCGGCGACUCCGGUCGUCAAAAGAAUUAGUUUUUGCUCUAUUAUCUUGGUUGCCCUGAACCAUGUUUUACCCUUCAGUUUCUCUGACAACCCGAACUCAUUAAUGAAUUAUUAACAAUUUCACGUCACACUUUUGUGAAGAAUCGACUGGAAAUUUAUUUAAAAUUACGAGCUAUUUUACAACAAAGCAAAACACUCUGUGGGCAUAAGGGGAGUCAGCGUGGCAUACUUACACACACUUUUUGCAGCACGUUGGUUUGAUUUUCGAUGUCCGGUAGUAGAAUUACCGGUAAUCGUGAGGGAUUUUCUUUCACAUUUAAAAUCGCCUCCAGUUUUGAAGAAUUCUUUCUGUUGACGAAACAUAUUUCAAUUUGUCUGUGGGUUUUCACCAUAAAGGGAGGAAUUUUUAAAACCAAAGGACAUUUUAAGGGCGAAAUAUUUCUGCAUAUUUGUAGUAGCUCUUAAAGAUUAGAAAAAAUAGUGGUUUGAAAUAAAUUUGUUUGAGGAAAUGUUUUUGUGCUAUUAGCAAAGUAACAUUUUGAAUGAUAGCCCGAAUACAUUGCAUUUUAGUAAUGUCAGUCAAAAUAAUGCAAUAGAAUAUUGAAUUGGUAAUGAGGAAUUCCAUAUCUAGCACGUGUGUUUUCCUGGUAAUUUAAACUCGUAUUUUACAAUUUAUUGCUUCUGUAGUUGUUGGUAAUUAAGUUGUUAUUGCACAUGAUAACUGCAAAGAUAUAUGUAAAGUUACUCUAAAACCUUUUCAUAUGACGCAGUAGUUCUGUGGCUGUAUGAUAUAACCUACAACCAGUUACUUUUGGAGUGUUGGCAAUUUUUUUGUUUGUGUAUAUGCGAAAACCUUUCACAAUGUCAUCUCCCCAAAUUUGAAGGUAAUGAAAAAAUAGUCGUUGAAAUUUUUUAGAUACUCUGCCGGUUUCAUGUAUUUUUUCGUUAAUUAAUCGUGUCAUUCUUGAAAUAUUUCAAACAACCUUGAUUGUUUUAUUGUAAAGAGUUGCAAUCUUCGAUUGAUUUCUUUGUGCAAAUUCAGUGAAAUAUUGGAACUUUUAAAGUCUGAUCGUGACAGAGAAACAACUGUUAUAGACAUCCCAGAAUUAGCAAUUACACAGUUUUGACAACAAUACUGGGUCUUUAUUGAUAUUAUGCAAUAUAAAAACAAGAAGUUACAUCAUGCAGGGUUAUCCCGCAGGUCAUAGUAUACUCAGAUUUCUGUUAAGCUCGGUUAAGCUGAAUCUUUUUUUAGUUGAAGAUUUGUAAAAAACUCUUGUUUUUUCAAGGCAAGUCCCGAGUCAUAUUUUUCAAGCGGAUGGGAUGUCAUAAUUGACAUGGUGCUUUGAAAUUUUGUGCGUGUGACAUACUUUGUUUAGACAGCGUGGUGUGACUGUUGGAAAAACAGAUCUGACUUGUCUAAUUUUGUCCUCCCUAAAAAUAUAAUUACAAUAUUUUUAAAUGGUAUCCUUAUGUGAUGAAAACACACUUGUUUGCUUUUGCAGAUAAAAAUAACAGCCAAGUUUUUCUCAUACUUCCUAAAAAUUGUAAUAUUUAUAAGUCAAAGUUGUUAAAAUAACGGAACUGUCAUGUCAGUAAAAACAAGUCUUAAGUAAUCAAGUUUCCAAGUCAAGUCUGAAGUCAAAAGAAUUGUGACUGACGAGUCUGACUCAACAUCGAGUCCAAAUCAGCCGUUCAGGUUUAGCAACUCUGUAUAUUUUGUAUUUUCAAUUUUGUUUUUAAUGAAUUGACAUUUGCUACUUUUAGUUAAAGGUCUUUGUAUUUUGCACGCUGGGUGUAGUUCAGUGGGUACAUUCUGUUAUUUACUCUGAUGUGAUUGCGUGCAAACGACGAAAUAUCAUAUGCUUGUAUUGUUUUAUUCCAAGCCCAAUAUUAAAUUUGUCAAUGUUUUAUGUAUUAGGCUGUAGCUAUUGUAUUGAACAUGAAAAUAAAUAGAAGCUUCUUCAAAUGA